CUCCUGCAGGUCUUGUUGGUGGUGUCUUUGUCUCAUGCAGAGGAGCCAGUAUGCAGGCACAUAGGGGACCCCGAGGAUCCUCAGCUGUUUAAGGAUGGGGAUAUUAUAUUAGGUGGAAUCUUUUCUUUUCACAGCAGCUGGAAAGACAGAACGAAUACAUACAUGCACAAACCAGUGCCACUGCAAUGCACCAGUUUGAAUUUCAGGGAGUUCCAGUUUGCCCAGGCUAUGCUUUUUGCCAUUGGGGAGAUUAACAACAGUUCAGACCUGCUGCCAGGAAUUUCUCUGGGUUAUAAGUUUUAUGACACGUGUGGCUCUAUGGCCAGAAGUGUGAAGGUUUUACUGGCCUCGGUUAACGGUAACGAAGAUGUGUCUGCACAGUCCCAGGGACCGUGCACCACACCUGCACAAGUACAGGCUAUAAUUGGGGAAACCUCUUCCUCUCCUAACACGGCAAUAGCAACUGUCAUUGGGCCAUUUCAUAUGCCAGUGAUCAGUCACUUUGCCACAUGUGCUUGUCUCAGUGACAAAACUAAGUACCCAUCCUUCCUCAGAACAAUACCCAGUGACUAUUACCAGAGCAGAGCCCUGGCCCACUUGGUCAAGCACUUUGGCUGGACCUGGGUUGGAGCUAUCAGAAAUAAUGAUGAUUAUGGGAAUAACGGCAUGGCUACAUUCACAGAAGUUGCAGAGCAGCUUGGCAUCUGUCUGGAGUAUUCUGUAGCCUUCUUUAGAACAGAUUCAUCAGACAAAAUAGAAAAGAUAAUUGACAUUAUCAAAGCUUCAACCUCCAAGGUGAUUGUUGCAUUCCUUUCGCACAUGGAUAUGGAUGUGCUGAUACAUGAGUUGUCCAAGCACAAAUUGACUGGGUACCAGUGGGUAGGCAGUGAGGGAUGGAUAUUUGAUUCCCAAACUGCAGAAAUGGAUAGGUUACAUAUUCUGGAUGGCGCCAUUGGCCUUUCCAUACCCAAGGCACAUGUCACUGGAAUGAGGGAGUUCAUUUUGGACGUGAAGCCACUAAAUUCAUCGAGCAAUGAAAUGUUUACAGAAUUCUGGGAGGCAUUAUUUAGCUGUAAGUUCAAUCUGUCAGAAUCACCAGGAGAAAUUAAGAGACAGUGUACUGGAAAUGAAGAUGUGACUAAAGUCCAUAACAGCUUCACUGAUAUGUCUCUCAUGCCUAUAUUCAAUAAUGUCUAUAAAGGAGUGUAUGCAGUGGCCCACGCACUUCACACUAUUCUCAGGUGCAACAAAACAUGUAACAACAACAUUGUGUUAGAUCCAUUCACGAUUUUGCAGCACAUAAAACGGAUCCAUUUCAGAACAAAGGAGGGAGAGGAGGUUUUCUUUAAUAAGAAUGGAGAUCCUGCUGCCAAGUAUGAGAUUAUAAACUGGCAGCCGAGAAACAACAACAUUGUGGAUUUUGUCACAGUUGGUCUUUAUGAUACAACGUUACCUGCAGACAAACAGUUAAAUCUGCAAAAUAUAUCUUUAAUUUGGGCCCAGAACGCAGCGCAGGUGCCUGUGUCAGUUUGCAGUGAGACGUGCCCCCCAGGAACGCGCAAGGUUCUCCAGAAAGGAAAGCCUGUCUGCUGCUAUGACUGUAUAAGCUGUGCAGAGGGAGAAAUAAGCAACGUUACAGAUUCUAUCACCUGCGUGAGAUGCCCCACUGAGUUCUGGUCAAAUGAGAGAAGAGAUGCCUGUAUAAAGAAGGAAGCAGUAUUUCUAUCAUAUCAAGAAAUUAUGGGAGCUCUGCUCACAACUGCAUCUUUAUUUGGAACGUGCAUGACUGCUAUUGUGGCAUUUGUUUUUUUCAAAUACAGGAAAACUCCUAUUGUCAGGGCCAACAACUCAGAGCUGAGCUUCCUGCUGCUCUUCUCCUUGACUCUGUGUUUCCUGUGCUCUCUGACCUUCAUCGGCCGGCCCUCUGAGUGGUCCUGCAUGCUGAGACACACAGCGUUUGGCAUCACCUUUGUCCUCUGCAUCUCUUGUGUCUUAGGGAAAACAAUGGUGGUGUUAAUGGCCUUCAAGGCUACACUUCCAGGUAGUAAUGUGAUGAAAUGGUUUGGGCCUUUACAGCAGAGACUCAGUGUUCUGGCUUUCACUCUUAUACAAGUUAUCAUAUGUAUCCUCUGGUUAUCAAUUUCUCCUCCUUUCCCAUACAAGAAUUUUAAGCAGUUCAAGGAUAAAAUCAUCUUAGAGUGUGCUCUGGGCUCAGCUGUAGGUUUCUGGGCUGUCCUUGGGUAUGUAGGACUUCUGGCCAUGUUGUGUUUUAUUUUUGCUUUUCUGGCUCGGAAACUUCCUGAUAACUUCAACGAGGCCAAAUUCAUCACCUUCAGCAUGCUGAUAUUCUGUGCAGUGUGGAUCACUUUUAUCCCAGCAUAUGUCAGCUCUCCUGGGAAGUUCAGUGUAGCUGUAGAAAUAUUUGCCAUUCUGGCCUCCAGUUUUGGACUGUUAGUUUGUAUUUUCUUCCCCAAAUGCUACAUCAUCUUACUGAAACCAGAGAAAAAUACAAAGAAGAGUAUGAUGGGGAAAGGAGCACCAAAAUGA